AUGUUUGUAUCAUCACAUUCAAUUCGUUAUUUAUUUCAAAAUUUAUAUAAAGAAAUAAAUCGCAGACAAUUAUUUAUUCAAAGAGGAUGUCUUCAACCAUAUAAAACUGGUUUAAAUCUGGUUCGAUCAUUAAAUCAAUUAAAUGUCCUUUUCGAUCAUUCAAAAUCAAAUGAUAAUCAAGAAGAUUUGGGUUCAUUCAGAAAUUUUAAUAUUAGUGAACAAACACAAAAAAGAUUAAAAGGUUUUCUUGUUUUUUUCUAA